UGGGUUAAUCUUUAAAGAGAAAAAAAAAAAAACACAGGCCCUUUUCUUGCUACAUCAGUUUUCCUCGUAACAUUGAACUUAUAUUUCCUUCGUUAGUUUGCGUGAGAUAUAUAUAAGGUAUUUGGUACCAGCUUUGUCUAGUCAGUCUCUCUCCUACCUCCUCAGUCUCUCUCUCUCUCUCUCCAAUUAUUUUAUCUUUCCAAAAUAUCAAGUCUUCAAACAAAAACCAGACUGGUUUUUAGUCUCCAGCUUAUAGGCAUAAAACCAUAAACCAGCUCUAAAUCAAGUUUUUAAGCUAAACCCCAAAAUGCUUGUGUCUCCUAGUCCUAUCCGUGAAGUUUUUGUCUUUUUUGCUGAUAACCCGUUGCUUCAAUAUUUCUCAAGUGUUGAGGUGGUGUAGUUUUAAGUGGGUUUUUAAUUCUAUAUGGAUUUUGGGGUGGUUGGUUUGGAGGGGUUAGUGGCCGGUUCAGACACUACUGGCAGUAGUUUUGCAUCUCUUGCUAGUUCAGAUCCUGAGACAAAGCACAAGUGGUACGGAUCUGGGUUUCUCAAGCAAGAGAGAUCCGGUACUACUGAAGAUGAUUGGAGGAGCUCUAAACUGUCCAAAACUGAGUCAAUGCUGCUUCCACAGAGAAACACUUUACUUAAAUCUAAUGCCACUAAUCUGUUUCCUGAUGGGAAUCAACAGCAGCAGCAGCAGAUGCUGAGCUUCGCCUGUCCUAAAUCAGAAAGUCUUACUGUUGAUAGGAGCUCUCAAAAUCUCACAUUACCUUACUUUCACCUCACUUCUGCUUAUAAUAGAAAUACAGGGUACAAUUAUGGAAGCUUCAACAGUGCAAAUAUGCAUGGAGCUUUUACAGAGGCUAGAGGACCAUUUAGUCCAUCUCAAUGGAUGGAGCUUGAACAUCAGGCCUUGAUCUACAAGUACAUUACUGCUAAUGUUCCUAUACCAUCUAAUCUGCUCAUCCCUAUUAGAAAAGCUCUUGAUUCUGCUGGGUUCUCUAGCUUUUCAGGCGGACUUCUCAGACCCAAUACAUUGUCAUGGGGUACUUUCCAUCUGGGAUUCUCUAGCAACACCGAUCCAGAGCCAGGACGGUGUCGUCGAACGGAUGGGAAGAAAUGGCGGUGCUCAAGAGAUGCGGUUGCCGAUCAGAAAUAUUGUGAGCGGCAUAUGAACAGGGGCCGCCAUCGUUCAAGAAAGCCUGUGGAAGGCCAAUCAGGCCAUUCCGCCGCAGCCGCUACAACCACCACUGCAAAGCCGAUGCCCAGUGUCUCCUCUACUUCCUCCUCUUUGUCAGCAUCAGUGGUGGGGCUUCGCGGUUCCGGCGGCGGCUCGUCGAACAGCCUCGCCAUUACACAUCACCAGCAGCAGCUCAAGAACUUACAGCCAGAUAGCUCAUCUAAUCUUUCGGCUGCUGCUCCCCUUAGCAGGAUGUUUCUUGAUCAAGAGAAGGUGGGUGAGAGACUGCAUGAUUCACCCAGCUUGUCCAUGCUAUCGUCCAACAUUGACAUGAAAUCUAAAGAAAACACAUUCUUUAUUUCAAAAGGAUGUUCACAAAUUGAGUUUGGACUUGUCAACUCUGAUUCACUUCUUAACCCAUCACAGAAUAGCUCUUCCUUGAUCAGUUGUCGGAACUUUGGUUCUUCUCAGGACCUAACUGACCAGGAAACUGUUUCGCAGCAUUCUGUUCGCCAAUUCAUCGAUGAUUGGCCUAAAAGCCAGUCUGAUAAAUCUUCUGUUUCAUGGCCUCAACUUGAUGUGCAAUCAGAUAGAACUCAGUUAUCAAUUUCAAUCCCUACUAUAGCUCAUACAGACUACAUGUCCUCCACGUCCUCACCAAACAAUGAAAGAGUCACUCUUUCUCCAUUAAGAUUAUCGCGAGAUUUGGAUCCAAUACAAAUGGGGCUCGGAGUUGGUAGUGUUCUUAAUGAACAAAGCCAAAGGCAAGCAAAUUGGAUACCCAUUUCUUGGGAAAAUUCAAUGGGCGGUCCCCUUGGAGAGGUUUUGCAUAAUACAAAUAAUAGUGGUUCAGAAUGCAAGAGUUCAUCAGCUCUAAACUUAAUGACGGAAGGAUGGGAUAAUAGUCCUCAGAUAGGUUCAUCUCCUACUGGGGUCUUACAAAAGACUACAUUUGCUUCGCUUUCGAAUAGCAGUGCUGGUAGUAGCCCCAGAGCAGAGAACAAUAAGACUAAUGAAGGGGCAAGUUUGUGCAAUGACCUUCUUGGUUCAACACUAGUUCAUUCUUCUUCAUUGCCAGCACUGAGGGAUUGUAGUUUUUCGUGGACUGCUUUCUAUAUGGAUUUUGGGGUUGUGGGUUUGGAGGAGUUAGUGGGUUCAGAUAAUGUUAGUUCUGGUUUUGCUUCCCUUGCUAGUUCAGAUCGCGAAACAAAGCAGGAGUUGUACGGAUCUGGGUUUCUUAAGCAGGAGAGAUCUGAUACUACUGAACAUGAUUGGAGGAGCUCUAAACUGUCCAAAACUGAGUCAAUGCUGCUUCCACAAAGAAAUACUUUACUCAAAUCUAAUACUACUGAUGGGCAUCGACAGCAGCAGAUGCUGAGCUUCUCCUGUCCCAAAUCAGAAGGUCUUACAGUGGAGAGGAGCCCUCGCAACGCCUCAUUCCCUAGCUUUCAUCUCAGUACUUCUUCUGCUUACAAUAGAAGAACAGGGUACGACUAUGGAAGUUUCAAUAGUUCAAACAUGCAUGGGGUGUUCACAGAGGCUAGAGGACCUUUUACUCCAUCUCAGUGGAUGGAGCUUGAACACCAGGCCUUGAUCUAUAAAUACAUAACCGCCAAUGUUCCUAUACCUUCUAAUCUGCUAAUUCCCAUUAGAAAAGCUCUUGAUUCUGCUGGGUUCUCUAGCUUUUCAGGUGGACUCCUCAGACCCAAUACUUUGCCAUGGGGUACUUUCCAUCUUGGGUUCUCGAACAACACUGAUCCAGAGCCAGGUCGGUGUCGUAGGACUGAUGGAAAGAAAUGGCGGUGCUCAAGAGAUGCAGUUGCCGACCAGAAGUACUGCGAGCGGCAUAUGAAUAGGGGCCGCCAUCGUUCAAGAAAGCAUGUGGAAGGCCAAACUGGCCAUUCUGCUGCUGCUGCUACAACCACCACUACUGCGAAGCAAAUGUCUACUGCCUCCUCUUCCGUUUCAGCAUCAGUAGUUGGAAUCCAAAGCAGCAGCGCAUCCAACAGCCUCACCAUCACACCGCAUCAGCAUCAGAAGCUUAAGAACUUGCAGCCAGAUAGCUCAUCUAAUCUUUCUGCAACUUCACCGCUUAGCAGGAUGUUUCUCAAUAAAGAGAACUUGGGUGAAAGAAUGCAAGAUUCACCCAGUUUGUCCAUGCCACCAUCCAACAUCAACAUGAAAUCUAGAGAAAACCCUUUCUUGAAUUUAGAACAACAGAACUCAUAUCAGGAAUCCUCACAAAUUGAGUUUGGACUUGUCAACUCUGACUCUCUCCUCAACCCUUCUCAGAAUGGCUCAUCCCUAAUCAGCAGAAACUUUGGUUCUUCUAAGGAACUCAUUGGCCAGGAGACUAUUUCACAACAUUCUGUUCGCCAAUUCAUGGAUGAUUGGCCUAAAAGCCAAUGUGAUCAAUCUGCCGUUUCAUGGCCUCCACUUGAUGUGCAAUCAAAUAGAACCCAGUUAUCAAUUUCAAUCCCCAUAGCUUCUGCAGACUUUACAUCUUCCACUUCCACUUCAAACAAUGAAAAAAUUGCACCCUCUCCAUUAAGAUUAUCAUGUGAUCUGGAUUCUAUAAAAAUGGGAACAGGAACUGGCAUUAUUCUCAAUGAACAAAACCAAAGGCACGCAAAUUGGAUUCCCAUCCCUUGGGGAACUUCUAUGGGUGGUCCACUUGGAGAGGUUUUGCACAAUACCAAUAACACUGCCUCGGAGUGCAAGAAUUCAUCGGCUCUGAACCUCUUGGCUGAGGGAUGGGAUUGUAGUCCUCGGUUAGGUUCAUCUCCAACUGGGGUCUUGCAAAAAACUACAUUCCAUUCUCUGUCAAAUAGCAGUGCAGGAAGCAGCCCAAGAGCAGAGAACAACAAGAAUACAGAAGGGGCAAGCCUGAGUAAUGACCUUAGCCCAAGUUUAGUGCAUCCUUCCUCAUUGUCUGCCUUGUGACUUCCUGACUUGCCGAUUAAGUAGUUUAGGUGACGAAGAAGAUGAUAGAUGAAUGAGAUUUAUCUUCUGUUAUCAAAAAUAUAACUGCUGUUUUAUUUUUAUUUUUUUAUAUUCAUUUGAUAAUAUGUCUUUUGUCUAUGCUUUUGUUUAGUGAUGAUGGACUAGAUUAAUUGCUAUGGAUUGUAGACUUCUGUUUUCUUCUUGUGUGCGUGCCUUAGGUGAGAGGAAGUCUUUUACCUGCAGUAUGUUUAGUGGGUAAGCUUGCUGGCUGCUUGUUGCCAACAGCAAUUGCUAGUGUUCCAGACUGGGAAAAUUUGUUGGUAUCCUAAUUUCUGCUUAUUCUCUGUUA